AUGGCAAGAAUAGUCAAGCCCCCGCGGAGCUGCGAACGGCUACACCACGUGCGCGCCCGCCUACGCAAAGCAUCAUGCAUGACCGAUGACGCCCACGACGACCUCUCACACAGUGACGAAGACAGUGGCGAUGAUAAUAACGACAGCAAUAAGCCAAGACCCGCACACCCGGUCAUGCGAGCUCCAAGCCAGCAGUCAGCACCCGCAUCAGAUGCUCAGGACGCACCCUCGUCGUCAGGCACGCCAGAGCUGGCCCCACGAGCAGUACACAUCAAAGACGCCGACCCCCAGACCCAAUCCGCCUUCUUCGCCCGCCUGCCCCCAGAGGUCCGGCGGAUGAUCUACACCCACGUCUGGCGGCUGUCGAACCCCACCCUGGCCCUGCACAUCCACGCCGCCUGCGACGGGGCCCGGCUGACGCACACGCCGUGCUGCACCUCGUGCUCGCUGUCAUCGUGCUCGCCAUCCGUGCAGCAGCAGCAGCGCGCAGCAGCGGCGGAGGAGGAGGCAGAGGAGGACGACCCGAUGAGGACGGACCCGUGGCCCGGGUGGCGGGGGCGGAACCAGCCGCCGCGGUGGUUCUGGCACGCCUGGGGGCUGCGCAUGCGCUGGGGGUCGCCGCACUGGAAGUGCCAGGCGGAGGCGAUGCUGUCGUGGAGGGCCAAGGCGGACGGGACGUGUGCGGACGAGCGGGGGCUGAGGGGCAAUGGCUAUCUGCCCGUGUUCUUGACGAGUCGGAGGGUGUACGCCGAGGCGAUAGAGUCGUUCCUCGAGUCGACAACCCUGAUCUUCACGGCGUCCGAGGACGCCUACCGCUUCUUCGUGCAGCAGCCGCACCCGUACCACGCCAAGGUGCGCAGCGUGCACCUGGCCUUCACGCACUUCAAGGACCACCUGUUCCUGCAGCGCAUCGAGCCCAGGCACCCGCGCCUGCCGGAUAGCCAGCUCAGCGUGCCCGUGUCGUGGGGCGUGUGGACGCCGCUGAUGCGCUGCGUCCGCGGGGGGCUGCCCGAGCUGCGCCGCCUGACGGUGCACCUGAGCGCGGCGGCCGCGCCGACCUCGCGGGAGGAGGUGUUCCUGGACGUGCUGAGGGAGUGGGCGGAUGAGGGUUAUGGCAUGGUUGAGGAAAAGGGCGGUGGCCUGGUGUAUACUGAGACGGGGAGGCUGCACUGA